CGUGCGGCUCGGCGCGGCGGGCUGUGUGUGCCGGCUGCAGGACGCGGCUGGGCGGCUGCUUGCAGGCGCCCCCGGAGGCCGAGCCCCUCGGAAGACGUCGGGGACCGCAUCUUCCCUCCAGCGCUGUGGGAGACCCGCUGCGACGACAGCAGCUCCGGGCGGGCGCGGCGGCGGCACCGGUGGUGGCAGCGGCGGCGGCAGCUGCGCGGGGACCGCCGGGCGGCGCCUGAGUCUGGACGCGCGGCAGGCAGCGGGAGCCUCCACCAGCCGCGAGCAGGUAAUGCUUACACUGCAGGUUAGUGGACCAUGCUCUGAAGAGGAGUCCACACGAGUGAGGGGACAUCUUUACCAGGACCCAAGGCUCAGAGGUGUCCAUGCAAGUACUAGUAUUAAAAUAGGAAGAACUCUACCCAUCCUUAUGAUCGGAGAAGAAAUCAGAAUAGUUCUGGGACCAUAUAAAAUCUCUGCGACCAACUGCUACUGGAUGGUGUGAAUGAGCCCAGGGGAAGACAUGCUGUCACUGCUAAAGGAACAGCUGAUUUCCAUGUCAUUUGCAUGAACCCUGCUGUGAAAUGAACCUAGCAAUGACUUGCCUGAUACUUCUGAUACUUCCUCCCUCCCCUUGUUGAGCACUCCAGCACAUUGUUCCAGGGUUGUUUAAUUGUGUCCUGUCCUCCCUCUUGCCAAGGCAAACAUCCCAGUCUCACAGGAGGCGUCCCCAAGCUCAUCUGCCAGUCUGAACAUGAACAUGGGUAAAGCUAAUGAUAGUGAGCGCUCCCAAGGGACGUGGGGCACCACAGGGUCCAACCCUCAGGAACAGGACCUCUCAUGAUGCUAGUGGCCAGGAGUGAGCACCAUGCCCAUAACCCAGGACAAUGCGGUGCUACACCUGCCCCUCCUGUACCAGUGGUUGCAGAACAGCCUGCAGGAGGGCGGGGAUGGCCCGGAGCAGCGGCUCUGCCAGGCUGCCAUCCAGAAGCUGCAGGAGUACAUCCAACUCAAUUUGGCUGUGGAUGAGAGCACAGUUCUCCCCGACCACAGCCCCCCAGAGAUGGAGAUCUGUACGGUGUAUCUCACCAAGCAGCUGGGGGACACAGAAACUGUGGGCCUCAGUUUUGGGAACAUCCCUGUUUUCGGGGACUAUGGUGAAAAGCGCCGAGGGGGCAAGAAGAGGAAGACCCACCAGGGCCCUGUUCUGGACGUGGGCUGCAUCUGGGUGACAGAGCUGAGGAAGAACAGCCCAGCGGGGAAGAGUGGCAAGGUCCGGCUGCGGGAUGAGAUCCUCUCCCUGAACGGACAGCUGAUGGUUGGAGUUGAUGUCACUGGAGCUAGUUACCUGGCUGAGCAGUGCUGGAAUGGAGGCUUCAUCUACCUGAUCAUGCUGCGGCGCUUCAAGCACAAAGCCCAGUCGACUUACAAUGGCAACGGCAGCAACAGCUCGGAACCAGGAGAGACACCAAACUUGGAGCUGGGUGACCGAACUUCGAAGAAGGGGAAGAGAACAAGGAAGUUUGGGGUCAUUUCUAGACCCCCUAUCAGCAAGGAAUUCAAGAGCAGUGCUGGCUGUGAUUUGGCAGAUGACCCCAGCUCUGAGCUGGAGAACAGCACAGACCAGGAACUUGGAAAUGGGCAUGCCUUCGAGCUAGAAAAUGACCCGCAUUCUCUCAAGGAUGUGGCUGGAUCCCAUCUAGAGAGGUCAGAAGUGGACAGAGGAGCAGAGCAGACAAUCCCAAAGAUAGAUGUUCCUCUGGCCACCAGCAAUGACAAACGCCGCUUCUCAAAAACUGGGAAGACGGACUUCCAGUCCAGUGAUUGCCUGGCACGGGAGGAAGUUGGCCGGAUAUGGAAGAUGGAGCUCCUCAAAGAAUCAGAUGGGCUGGGAAUUCAGGUUAGUGGAGGCCGAGGAUCAAAGCGCUCACCUCACGCUAUCGUUGUCACCCAAGUGAAGGAAGGAGGUGCCGCUCACAGGGAUGGCAGACUGUCCUUAGGAGAUGAGCUGCUGGUGAUCAAUGGUCACUUACUGGUCGGGCUCUCCCAUGAGGAAGCUGUGGCCAUUCUCCGCUCAGCCACUGGGAUGGUGCAGCUGGUGGUGGCCAGCAAGGAGAGCUCUACAGAAGACCUCCUGAGGUUAACAUCGAAGAGUUUGCCUGACCUGACCAGCUCAGUAGAGGACAUGUCGUCCUGGACUGACAACGAAGACCAAGAGGCAGAUGGGGAAGAAGAAGGAACUGGCCCAACAGCCAUCCAGGGAGUGAUGCCGGGAUCAGAAGAGUCCCAGGAUGUGGGCAGCACUGAGGAAGCCAAGGGGAACUUAGACAGUCCCAAACAGGGCAGCAGUAAAAUGAAACUCAAGAGCCGUCUCUCAGGAGGUGUCCACCGCCUAGAGUCUGUUGAAGAAUAUAACGAACUGAUGGUGCGCAAUGGGGACCCCCGGGCAAGGAUUCUGGAGGUCUCCCGAGAUGGCCGGAAGCACUCUCUUCCCCAGCUGCUGGAUUCUACUGGAACAUCACAGGAAUACCACAUUGUGAAGAAGUCCACACGCUCCCUCAGCACCACCCACGUGGAAUCUCCUUGGAGGCUCAUUCGGCCAUCUGUUAUUUCCAUCAUUGGGCUGUAUAAAGAGAAAGGCAAGGGCCUUGGCUUUAGCAUUGCUGGAGGUCGAGACUGCAUUCGAGGCCAGAUGGGGAUUUUUGUCAAGACCAUUUUCCCAAAUGGAUCCGCUGCAGAGGAUGGGAGACUUAAAGAAGGAGACGAAAUCCUAGAUGUCAAUGGAAUACCAAUAAAGGGUUUGACGUUUCAAGAAGCCAUUCACACCUUCAAGCAAAUUCGAAGUGGGUUAUUUGUCCUGACUGUGCGCACAAAGUUGCUCAGCCCCAGCCUCACGCCCUGCUCUACCCCCACACACAUGAGUAGGUCUAGCUCCCCAAGCUUCAACACCAGUGUGGGAAUCUCAGUAGGAGGCUCUGAUGAAGGUGGCUCUUCAUCCCUAGGUCGGAAGGCUCCUGGGCCCAAAGACAGGAUCGUCAUGGAGGUCACGCUCAACAAAGAGCCAAGAGUUGGACUAGGCAUUGGUGCUUGCUGCCUGGCCUUGGAAAACAGCCCUCCAGGCAUCUAUAUUCACAGUCUUGCCCCUGGAUCCGUGGCCAAGAUGGAGAGCAACCUGAGCCGUGGAGACCAGAUCCUGGAAGUGAACUCCGUGAAUGUACGUCAUGCAGCAUUAAGCAAAGUGCAUGCUAUCUUAAGCAAAUGCCCACCAGGACCAGUUCGUCUGGUCAUUGGCCGACACCCUAAUCCAAAGGUGUCCGAGCAGGAAAUGGAUGAAGUGAUAGCACGCAGCACUUAUCAGGAAAGCAAAGAGGCCAACUCCUCUCCUGGCUUAGGUACCCCACUGAAGAGUCCCUCUCUUGCCAAAAAGGACUCCCUCCUAUCCGAAUCGGAACUCUCCCAGUACUUUGUCCAUGAUGGGCAGGGCUCCUUGUCCGACUUUGUGGUGGUCGGCUCUGAGGAUGAAGACCACACAGGAAAUGGCUGCGGCACCUCAGAGGAUGGCAGCCUGCCUCCCAGCCUCUCCACUCCCAAGGAGCCAGGGAAAGCCAGGGCCAACAGCCUUGUGUGUCUUGGAAGUCAGCGGGCCUCUGGGCUCUUACACAAACAAGUGACAGUUGCCAGGCAAACCAGUCUACCCGGAAGCCCGCAGGUGCUGAGGAAUCCUCUCCUCCGUCAGAGGAGGGUACGCUGCUAUGAUGCCAAUGAUGCCAGCGAUGAGGAAGACUUUGAUGGCGAGGGGGACUGCAUUUCACUCCCAGGAGCCCUUCCAGGUCCCAGCAGGCCUCUGAUGGAGGAUGACUUGAGGCCUGCCUCCACAAUCUCUUCCAAAAACAUGGGCACCAGCAGGCAGGAGGAAGGACCCCAGAAACCACUGGUCAGCAAGGCCUGUUCCGUGCCUCUGCUUGGCAGCUCACUGAACUUAGAAGACAGCAUCACUGAGGGAAUAGGGGGCACUCCUCACAAGGCAGCCAGCCUACCGGGCUCUGCAGAAGCUCCUAAGAGUGGCUCUGGAAGAAAGGAACUGUCAGGAUCAAGGAGUUCCCCCAAACUGGAAUACAAAGGCUCUGCGGACACCCAGAGCCCAAGGAGCCCAGAGAACCCCAUUUCUCCACCACAGAAGAAUGAAAACCUACUGUCCCGGCACAAGCCUGUGGCCAAAGUCAACCCACACUGCAAGAGGCCUGAGGCUGAGGUGGCCCUAACUGGCAGAGCAGAUGAACCGUGUGGUCAGGACAUGAAAGUCCAGGCUACUUCCCUCAAAGAGACUGUCACCAGCCGUCAGCCAAGUGGAACUGCAGAGAAGGAACCCCUGGGAAAUCCCACCCCUGGGGACAGAUAUGUCCCCACUGACUAUGGACCAGCCAGUACCCCAUGCCACCCAAACACUGGACUCCCCACACAGAACCUUCAGGCAGCUGCACCUGAGUGCGGGCCACACCCUGGGACUGGAUGGGAUGGCUCCCCAGACCACCUCCUUUCCCCAGGGAAGAACAGGGCAGCUCAUCCUGACUCCAGCAAGACCUCCACAGUCACAGAGCAAAUCCACCAGCCCAAGAACCUCAGCCAGCCUACAUCUCCCAGGGCCACAGAACCCCAGUCCCAGGGCAGAUCCACAGUGAAGCUGGCCAGCAAGUGGAGCACCCCUCCUGGGGAGAAAGCACCAGCUCCUGCCAACUUUAGCUCACCUCACAAUACCAGGAGUGUAGCUGUCCCCAGGAGCACAGGAGCAGCUCCAGCCGGUGCCAUCCCUCAUGUCUCCCUUGUAUCUCAGGAGAAGAGCCGAGGUGUUCCAGGUAACCACAGCAAGACCUUGGAAACAACAGGAGUCCAUCUACCAAAAAUCUCCAAGGAGGCUAUUCUGCUGGAGGACAUGGUUUCUGUGUCUGCGAGGACAGCACAUGCCAGCCCCUCCGUGCCAGUGGCCCAAAAUGCAUGUGGCAGUGUCUCAGAGCACUGCUGCCUAUCAGGGAACAAAGCAAGCCCUGUGACAGACAUUGACGGUUUCAUUAGGGAUGCAGAGGCCUCUGAGGCAAGGUCACAGUCUUCUCAGACAGCAGACUGCAGGGCUCACCAGGGCGGUUCUAGGGGCUGGCCACCAGCAAGAGCUGGUGGUGGCAGUUCCCACCAUGCCCAGCUAGUCUUGGAUGACCAGACACCAUCCCCAAGGAAGUCCUGGGAAUCAGGCCCACCCCCAGCCCCACAGUGGGCCUCCCAGCCUUCGGUUUUGGAUUCCAUCAAUCCUGACAAACAUUUUACUGUGAGCAAAAACUUUUUGAGCAACUACUCUAGAAAUUUUAGCAGUUUUCAUGAAGACAGUAUCUGCUUGUCAGGCCUGGGUGACAGUAAAGAGCCAUCACUCUCAUCCAUGUAUGGCAAUGCUGAGGACUCGUCUUCAGACCCUGAGUCUCUCGCUGAAGCCCCACAGGCUUCUGCUCGUUCUCAUGGGUCUUCUCAUAAAGAAGAUACUACUGAGUCUGAGGAGGAACAAAUAGAAAUUUGUUCUACAAAUGGCUACCCUGACACCCCACCGAUGACUGCCCAUGUUCCUGCACAGGCCGAACUCUGCCCAGCUUUAGCCAAAGUUCUACCAUUACAGCACAGUGCUCAGAGUGAACAGGUCGGGGACCCCUGCGAAAGAGCCUGCUUCUUGCCAGGAGCCUCACACCCUUCCAUCCCAACCUCUUCCCAGUCAUUUUCCUUCCUAGAUGUAAGCUCUCAGAAGCAUGAAACACUGAUGGAUGUUAAUGUCUCACAGAGCCAUGGACCCUUGUGCACAGGAGAAAUCAUGGCAGCGAGCAGUGUGAGCUCAGCCAUGGGGAGAAACCAACCUUCUGAAGUGACUGGGCAUUGUCACAACCUGCCAGUUACACUCAGCAACCUGAACAUGGUAAAUGGCUUGGGACGUGACCCGUUGGAUGAGGAAACCCCAAAUAAAGAAGCAGUUGUUGCUAGUACAGUGCAGCGUGUAUAUGCCCUGGGUGCAGAGGGUCCAAAAAAUGGAGAAGCUGUCCUGGCAAACCUUUACAUCUCCAAGAGUCGUGGCCUAGAGGACUUGCUACAGAAACCAAAAACGAUCUCCAGGAGGCCCAUCAUGGCCUGGUUUAAAGAAAUAAAUAAAAAUAGCCAAGGUAUACACUUACAGAACAAAUCUGAAAAGGACCACUCCAUGAUGCUAGCCAAAAGUCCUGACUCCAAAACUCAGAUGAUGAGUACAAACCACAGAAAGGAAGUUGCUGUGCCUAACAGCCCUCCUCCACUGAAACAGAAUCAUGACAAUAAAGACCUGCCCAGAAAAAGUUCAGCAGAAACACCCCUGAGUAACUGUCAAAAACCCAAGAGUGGCCCUAAGCUCAGGAGACUAAGCAUUAAAAACAAAAGCAAACCUGGUUCUGAGACCCCGGUGCCCAGCUCUGUGAAGGCUGCUGGACCUGACCACAGGAAGUCCUUGACUUCACCCCAGACCUCCCACAAAAUGCUUUCCAAGGCAGUAGCACACCAAUUCCACAUAGCUGACCAGCCUAACACCCCUGUGGACACCCCCAUGUCUCCCCAAUGUGUGCCAGAGAGCGAGCCACCCCUGGCAACCUCUGGGUCACUGAGGGCCUUGGCAUCAGACACAAGCAUCAAAAUGUUCACUUCGCCCCUGUCCUCCCCCAAGACACUUCCUGAGCAAGGUACAGGCAGCAGGCUCCACACAGCUGUCUGCUCAGAAUCUGACUCAAGUUGUCCAACCACUCCCAGGUCCCCUAGGUGGGGACUGGAGGGUAAGGUACCCCAUGCUGACUCCGGGUCAGUGAGUCCCACAGUAUCAAGGAACAGUGUGACUUUGGCAGGGAUCAGACAGAACGAGCUACUCACACCCAACCAAGUGGACUCGGCGUCAGAAGCAGCCCAGCCCAGGGAAAUCGAUGAGAAAGGAAGCAAAAGAAUUGCUAGCAAUCCCCUGGAGAGAACAAACCAGGUGAAAACAGUUGAGAUUUCUUCUGAAAGAAUGCCAAAGAAUGCGUGUGGUGACAAGCCAGCUGACGGUGACAGACAGGGAAGGUUCUUGGCUCAAAGAAACUGUCAGGAGGAGCGUGAACUCCAAUUCCAGCAGUUGGUGGAAUCAGCCCCAAAUCAGCCCUCAUCUACGUCCCAUGCACAGCAGGAAAUGCAACCAUCCCUCAGCAUGGCCAGACUGGCUUCCUCCUCCCCACAGCUGCCUGCCAGAAGGCCAGAUUCUUCCCAGGGAAGAGCAAGCCAGAUGCCAGAUGCUCUAGGAGUGCCCAAGGGGGGCACACCAAUGGGCCCUGGGGGUGAAGAGCACCCCUACUUCACACCAAGGCCGGCCACCAGGACUUAUUCCAUGCCAUCCCAGUUCUCAAGCCACUUUGGACGUGAGGGUUCUCCACACAGCCCAAGUCGCUCGCCUCAGGACAGCCAGGUUCCUGCGCCAAGCAGUAGUCUCUCUGAGGCAAAGGCAGUCAAAGGCCUGGCUAAUGGACAGGCUGUAUACAGUGUGAAGCCUCUGCUGGAAACGUCAAGGAACCUGCCACCCACAGAUGGAGAUGUCAGUGCUGUCCCUGAGACAAGCUGCCUCAUCUCUGACAAAGUCAAGGUCACCAGGAAGCAGCACUACUAUGAGCAGAGUUGGCCCCAUGAAUCUACCUCGUUUUUCUCUGUGAAGCAAAGGAUCAAGUCUUUUGAGAACCUGGCCAAUUCUGACCGGCCCACAGCCAAGUCCACAGCAUCCACACUUUUGUCUGUGAGCUCCAAGCCUCCCAUUAGCAGAAGGUCAUCUGGCAGCAUCACUACUUCAGGGAGCCUCAGUCACUCCACUGAUGCGGCAGCAAGGUCACUGAGGCGCAGCUUGAGUUCCUGCAGUGAAACCCAGAGCGAGCCCAGUGCCCUUCUCCCACAAAUGACCAAGUCUCCAUCCAGCAUGAUGCUGACUGUGUCCCGGCCGAAUCCACCUGAUACCAGUAACAAGGGCUCCAGUUCAGACCCAAAGAAAUCACUUGUCCCUUUGGGAAUUCCCACCCCCACAGUGACUCCAGCUUCGCCCAUCAAGAGGAACAAGUCCUCGGUGCGCCACACCCAGCCCUCACCCAUGUCCCGCUCCAAACUGCAGGAGCUGAGAGCCCUGAGCAUGCCAGACCUGGACAAGCUCUGUGGUGCUGAUGACUACUCGACUGGCCCAGGGGCUGUACUCUUCAGAACCCAGCUGGAGAUUGUUCCUCGGAGGUCCCUCGGCUCCCCAGCUAGCUCUCCAGCUGGCUCCCCGGCUCGAGGCCUCAAUGGAACAUCCUCUCUACUAUGUCCUGCAAAUCGUGGGACCAGAGCCUGCCUGGGUGUAAACAGCACUCAAGCCAGUGAGCCUGCAGCACCCAUUGUAGCCAGGGAAGGGAGUGAACCUGUGCAGCCCCUGUCUUGUGGAAAAAGCUGGUCAGUGAAUUUGGAUCAGCUUCUCGCCUCAGCAGGGGACCAGCAGAGAUUACAGGCUGUUUUAUCAUCAGUGGGGUCGAAAUCUACCAUUCUCACUCUCAUUCAGGAAGCGAAAGCACAAUCAGAGACUAAAGAAGAUACUUGCUUCGUAGUCUUGAAUAAAAAAGAAGGCUCAGGUCUGGGAUUCAGUGUGGCAGGAGGGACAGAUGGGGAGCCAAGAUCAAUCAUGGUCCACAGGGUGUUUUCUCAGGGCGCAGCAUCUCAGGAAGGGAGUAUGAGCCGAGGAGAUUUCCUUCUCUCCAUCAAUGGCACCUCGUUGGCUGGCUUGGCCCAGAGUGACAUCACGAAGGUUCUACAUCAGGCACAGCUGCACAAAUAUGCUCUUGUGGUCCUCAAGAAAGGGAACAGGCAGCCCAGACCCUCCUCCAGGCAGGACCCUCCCACAGCCAAUGGAAAGGAUCCACUUCCCAAGACCACCAUGCUACUGGAGCCUGGAACUGAACUCACAGAAAGCAGAGAAUGCAAGUUGGACAGGAACACAGCCAAGCAGCUGGCUCCCUCCUGGAAGGCUAACCCUGAUGCCAGGACCAAAGGGAGAAAUGGAGCUGCUCACGACGCUCUGUGUGUUGAAGUGCUGAAGACCUCAGCAGGGCUGGGAUUGAGUCUGGAUGGAGGAAAGUCCUCACUGUCUGGAGAUGGGCCCCUAGUCAUUAAAAGGGUGUACAAAGGUGGUGCAGCUGAACAAGCGGGAACAAUAGAGGCUGGAGAUGAAAUUCUUGCUAUUAAUGGCAAACCCUUGGUUGGGCUUGUGCACUUUGAUGCCUGGAAUAUCAUGAAGUCUGUUCCCGAAGGACCUGUGCAGUUGGUAAUUAGAAAGCACAGGAAUUCAUGAAUUUUAACUGGACUCUCCUCUUUUUGGUUUGCUUUUUACUUUAGCAAAUCAGAAUGACUUCUUUAAAUGAUGGGUUCUUGAAACAACAAACAGCAGCCUAGAUGGGGCCUAUACAAAUUCAAUGCCUGCACUCUAGCAUGAAGCCUGACCUAUUGUGUUGAGCAGCAAUGACAGUGAAAUUCCUCCACCGAGGCUGGGAGGAUUCACUCUGGUCCAGUGCCUGAACCCUCCUUUAUGUUGGCAGUGGGAUAAGGAGAUGGCAGGCCACUUCAUCUGAAACACCUAGCUGUAUCUUCACAUCCCUCCUGUCACCUCUCCCAACAUAGUCCUGGCAAGUAGGGUAACUCAAAUACCCCAGCGAAAAAGAUGUAUGUAGGUUUAUAUAAUUUUGUAAGUAAAUGACACAGUGCUUUUAGGUACAUUCAGUGAAAGGAGCCAUAGAUCUACGUAUGUUACCCUGAAAAGAAAAUGACACUUAUGAAUUAUGACCUAAUUAUUAGGCUGAGCUCAGGAAUUACCCAAACAAUGAAAAAAGAAAAAUUUAGAAAGUACUAUUUUUUAAUGAAUAUAAUGUAUAAUGUAUGGCUGCAGAGGUCAACUCGAUGGGUUGUGGACUAGGACGUACUGAUCAUUUUCUAUUUCUACAGUUUAAAUCCUACGGCUGUUUUACAGAGUAACAGUUCUGAUGAACUGUCCUAAAUGGCUGUGAGCUUCCCUGUCAGGAGUAGGAAGCGCCUACUCCAAGCACCUUGCAUCUAGUUUUCCAACUUGUCUUGAGACAAUGUUUGAAUUCAAGACUGGUCAAUACAAGAGCAGGCAAAACUGUCAGUCACUGGGUUUCCGUUUCUAGCUUACGUACUCCACCACCUUAAAAUUUUUAGAAGUCAAAUCUUUUUACAUUUAUAAACACAGGCAUUCUAUAUGAACUGAGGAGCUUAGAAUAAUUCUCUUAGGAAUUUCGGUUGGUUGGUUUUUCUCUUUCCCAACAUGCCUAAAGAAAUGUAGUUUGUAACUUCUAGGUCGCUUUACUUGGCUGCAAUAACAGAGCGCUGCAGUGGCUGAAGUUUUUGCUGUUUUGGUUUUCCUGUUUUGCAAAUUCUUCCUUUUGCCAAAACAGUGGUCCUGCAGAGCAUUCUGACUCCAGCUGCUUGUGGAACUCCAAGCCUGCCAUGAGCUGCUUCGGAGCCCUUCCCAUUCAAUGUGCCAUUCCUCGAGCCUCAUCGCAAAGCUGGCUUUUCUUCCUUUGCACUGUCCCUUGUUUUCUUAAAUUCCAAAGCCUCACCAGCGUUGUUUACCAAAACUUCACAAGAACGAGGAGGGCAAUGGAAAAACAGGGUGAGACAGGACGGUAGUAUUUGCAACCAAACCCUCGGGCAGCAUAGUCCUGGGGUUACAUUACAGGUGGUGACUGCACUUCUCAAAUCUUCAUGCACAAUGCUAAGAUUUUGUUGAUUUCUUUAACCUACAGUUGGGCCUAGGGUGAAUCAUGGUGGUACUAUGAGCUAUCUUCUUUGCACAUCCUUUUUCAGAGACUAAUCCUGCUGGCCACCUGUAGAGCAGGCCCGGAGAGGGCCCUCAGGUGGGAGCAAAAUACUGGCUAUUUUCAACAGGAUAUACAAAGGAAAAUGUAGUUCAGGAGUUAGCUAGAAAAGCCUGCUUGAUUUAGCUUAUACUUUUCAUUACAGUUACAGGUAGGAUACUUAUAAGAUGUCAGUGCAAGGUGCAUGCUAGAUUGUUGUUUCUGUCUCUGGCGUCAGUUUCAUGGUUUCCGCUUUCUUACCUAAGUGACCACUUGAAGUCAGCAUGGAAAGCCAUCUUUUGCCUCCACUCUUUUACAGCUAUG